AUGGAUAGUGAUACAGAAAACGUAGAGUAUGGUGUUCAAAUUAAAGAAACUUCCACAUAUCCUUUGAAUAAUAAUAUUUUAUACUGGGAACACAUAAAUCAAAAAACCAAACGUAGUUUUAGUUAUGUUAUUAUAAAAAAGGGUAUUUAUCCUGACAAAAUUGUUAUUAGGCCAAGUAAUAAACAAAAAGAACGAACUGAAACUUUGCAAGAUACUAGCAAUAUUAGAAAGAAAAGGCAAAUUUGCUAUGAAAUUGAUUAUAUUGAUGAAAUACCUCAGUUUUGUAUUAGAUAUAGUCCAAACUUUCAGUAUAUUAUUUCUUCAACUAAAUCUCCAUCUAACGCAGUAUUAAUUUAUGAAAGAACUUUAAAACCAAGAACUAAAACUACACUUUCAGGUCCUCUUGUAUUUGGGUUACAAUUAGAAAGUGUGCAGAAAGCAUGCAAAUUGAAAAGAAGAGGAAAUUUAAUCAAACCAGCUGAUAAUU